AAGAAUUUCAUCUGAUCCGACCCACCUCCUCCUCCUCCUCCUCCUCCUUCCUCUCCUACUCCUGUAUUAUUUUCUUCCCAAUCCCCUUUUUCUCUCUAUUUUUCUUUCUCCAUUUUCAUUUUUAUUUCCCUUCACCUCUACUCCCCAUUUUCCUUUUAUCUAACCUUGCCCCUUUUCUUUCAUUAUUCAAUUUCUCAACCAAAAAACAACAAAAACACUCCACCCCAAAUUCAGGGAAGGGAAAAAAAAAAAAAAAAAAAGACAAAAGAAUUCAUGGGUGCGGAGGGUCAGUCCAGCGCCGCCGUUGCUGCCUGUGAGGAGGUUAAUGUCAACAUUCGAUGCUCCAAUGGCUCUAAAUUUUCGGUCAAAACCACCCUCGAUUCAACCGUCGGGGAAUUCAAAGCUCUAUUGGCUCAGAAUUGCGAUGUCCCAGCUGAACAGCAGCGUUUGAUUUACAAAGGUCGGAUCUUGAAGGAUGACCAAACCCUAAUCAGCUAUGGUUUGCAGGCAGAUCACACUGUUCAUAUGGUUCGAGGUUCUGCACCAGCUGCCUCUCCUCCCACUCCCACUCCGACUCCCACUCCUGCUCCUGCCAGUUCUGGGAAUACCAACAGUAAUGCUGCCACACAAGGCGCUGGCCCCAAUGCAGGGGGCACUGGAAUUGCUGGUGCAGGUGCAUCCCCAUUUCCAGUGCUUGGUUUAGGUGCACUAGGUGGUGCUGGGGCAUCUGGAGUCUUUGGAGCUGGACUUCCUGAAUUUGAACAGGUGCAGCAACAACUAACUCAGAACCCUAACAUGAUGAGAGAGAUAAUGAACAUGCCUGCCAUUCAAAGUUUAAUGAACAACCCGGAGAUUAUGCGCAGCUUGAUUAUGAGUAACCCUCAAAUGCGUGAGAUUAUUGACCGUAACCCUGAACUUGGUCACAUUAUCAAUGACCCCAGCAUCCUUCGGCAAACACUAGAAGCUGCAAGGAACCCUGAGCUAAUGCGUGAGAUGAUGCGAAACACUGACAGAGCAAUGAGUAACAUUGAAUCUUCUCCGGAGGGCUUUAACAUGCUCAGGCGCAUGUAUGAAAAUGUCCAAGAACCCUUCUUGAAUGCAUCGACCAUGGGUGGUGGUGCAGCCACUGAUGCAUCAAACCCAUUUGCAGCUCUCUUGGGGAAUCAUGGUGGCGCCCAGGCCAGAGAUGGGUCUAAUUCUUCAACUGCUGGACUUGAAACAGGAACCACUAUUCCAAAUUCAAAUCCACUCCCCAAUCCAUGGAACAAUACAGGAGGUUCUCAAACAAAUAAUUCUGCAAGAACUAAUCAAAGUGGCGAUGCAAGACUACCUGGUAUUGCUGGAUUAGGGGGGCUCUCUCUUCCUGAAUUGGAGCGUAUGGGCAUGGCAGAUUCCUCUGCAUUUGGUCAGUUAUUGCAAAAUCCUGCCGUGGCACAGAUGAUGCAGAGCUUGCUUUCCAACCCUCAAUACAUGGAUCAAAUCCUAGGACUCAAUCCUCAACUCCGCAGCAUGCUUGAUAUGAACCCACAAUUAAGAGAAAUGAUGCAAAACCCAGAAAUUCUACGGGAGUUGACAUCACCUGAGACAAUGCAGCAAAUGAUGGCUUUGCAGCAACAACUUUCUCAGCUUGCUCGGCAGCAGUCAACCCCGGAAGAAGCUCAGACUGGUCCGGGUAGAGGAACACAAAGUAAUAUGGGUUUGGAUAUGCUGAUGAAUAUGUUUGGUGGACUUGGAGCUGGAAGCUUAACUGUUCCAAACACUCCUGAUGUUCCCCCGGAAGAGCUUUAUGCAACUCAGCUCUCGCAGCUACAAGAGAUGGGUUUCUUUGACACUCAAGAGAAUAUCAGAGCGCUCCGUGCAACUUCAGGAAAUGUUCAUGCUGCUGUUGAGCGACUUUUGGGAAACCUUGGUCAAUAGUAGAAGAAUUGUUUCUAUAUUUUUCUGUUUGGGGAUACGGGGGAACUGAAAAGUAGUUGGAGAAACAAGUUUCUUUACAGGCAUAUUACAUGACAGGGCUUUUGCAUUUGAGGCAUGGGAAUAAAGAUUGCACUCACUUUUUGUGGCUGUAAACUUGAUAUGGAAGGGUUUCUUCAUUAUAAGAUUUUAGACGCCCACUGGAUUUUUAUGUGUGCCUCUGUACAUGAAUAUAUCUAUUCACGUGGAAAUGUUGUAUGUACUUGAUGUAUUGAACCAAGAGAUGUUUUGCUUAGACAUUUUGUUGAUA